CAUCAAGCGCAUAUGCUUUUGUAGAUUGGCAGUCGAAGCAGCGUGUACUCGCCCGAGUCGAGGGUGCGAAAAACCGGUAGUUUCAUCUACGAGGACUUUAUGCCCACCGACGGCACUGAUGUGAAGGUGUAUACAGUGGGCCCGGACUAUGCACAUGCAGAAGCGCGGAAAUCGCCAGCGCUGGACGGCAAAGUGGAAAGGGAUCGUGAGGGCAAGGAAAUUCGCUACCCCGUAAUCCUGAGCAAUGCGGAAAAGCUAAUUUCGCGCAAAGUGUGCCUGGCUUUCAAGCAGGCGGUGUGCGGCUUUGACUUGCUGCGCGCCAACGGCAAAUCGUUUGUAUGCGACGUGAACGGGUUCAGCUUCGUGAAGAACUCCAACAAGUACUACGACGAUUCAGCGAAAAUCCUAGGCAACAUGAUUCUAAGAGAGUUGGCUCCGACGCUGCAUAUUCCAUGGUCAGUGCCGUUCCAGCUGGACGACCCACCCAUUGUGCCCACAACUUUCGGCAAAAUGAUGGAGUUGCGCUGUGUCACUGCCGUGAUCCGGCACGGCGACCGCACUCCGAAGCAAAAAAUGAAGGUUGAAGUGCGCCAUCCAAAGUUCUUCGAAAUUUUUGACAAAUACGAUGGCUUCAAGCACGGCCACGUUAAACUGAAGCGCCCGAAGCAGCUUCAAGAGAUUCUUGAUAUUGCGCGCUCCCUACUGGCGGAGAUCCAUCAGCAUGAAGCUGAACCGGAGAUCGAGGAGAAACAGGGCAAAUUGGAGCAACUGAAGGCCGUAUUGGAAAUGUAUGGCCAUUUUUCGGGCAUCAAUCGCAAGGUGCAGAUGAAGUACCAACCCAAAGGGCGACCGCGCGGCUCAAGUUCUGACGAUGUAGAUAAGCCGGUCGAGCCGUCGCUAGUGCUCAUCCUGAAAUGGGGCGGCGAGUUGACGCCCGCUGGACGCAUUCAGGCCGAAGAACUGGGCCGCAUCUUUCGAUGCAUGUACCCCGGCGGACAAGGUAGACAUUUUGCCGGUUGGUAUUACGCUUCUUUUUUAUUUCGUUUCUAGUUAUCGUGCCGCCAAACCGGACGCACAAAUGGCUCCACUAGAUGAAUGCAACCGCUCGCAAAGUGUGCCCUUUUGGAAUGCCUGUCUGUGCGCCGGGUUUGUCUAUUUUGUUUAUUUGCAAUUUUUGUUCGUCAUCUUCUAACCUGAGUUGCAAUAGUUGUCGGAAAUUACUCUUUGGGUUCCGUUUUAUUUUCGUUUUCCACUACUUAACGUGUGGUGCGUGUGUCCACAACAGUUUAGUUACUCACCGACUUCGCGACAAUCAAGUUACGAACCUUUUCCGUAGUGUCUAGUGCAAGGGCGGAUCCAGGGGGGGUCAUGAAUCCUCCCCA